UCGCUGGCAUUGACCGUGAGCACACAUCCUCGGGACAAACGUGAACAGCAAUUACACAAUAGAAAGCGUGGAUACCCAUCAAACUGGUUAUUUUGUCGAAAGCGUUCUCUAACUGUUGGUUGACAACCAGCCAACUUGUUUAAAUACACACACAAUGAGUCGAAGUUAAAGGCAAUCAGCAUGCGAAGCUACUCUAUGAAGUUCAAUUCCCAGAAAUCCCCGGCGGUGUCCGUGGACUUGGAACGAGAGUUUGAAUAACAUGGCAGCGUCUUGCAGCACCACAUGCGAGAGGUCAAUACUGGAGCGGGUGCCACCGCUGCUGACCGAUCUGUAUCAAUUCACCAUGGCUUACGCGUACUGGCGUGCCGGGAGGCACCAGGAGCAUUCAGUGUUCGAGCUCUUCUUCAGGGAAAACCCGUUUUGUGGCUGCUUCUCGCUGUUCGCCGGGCUGAAUGAUUGCCUGCUCUUUCUGCGCAGCUUUCGUUUUACCGACAAAGAUGUGGACUACCUGCGCUCCGUUUUACCGACAACUACUGACCCUGCCUUCUUCCAGUUCUUGCGAAGUCUUGACUGCUCCGGUGUUACACUCUGCUCUGUUCCAGAAGGCACGGUGGUCUUUGCCCGGGAGCCUCUGAUGGAGGUUGCAGGUCCACUGGCUGUGGUUCAACUAUUGGAGACCAGUUUACUUUGUCUCGUAAACUAUGCCAGUCUAGUGUGCAGUAAUGCUGCCCGCUUCCGCCUGGCGUCUGGCCCCCGGAGGAAACUGCUGGAGAUGGGGCUCAGAAGGGCUCAAGGGCCAGAUGGAGGGCUCACUGCUUCAAGAUAUUCAUAUAUUGGAGGGUUUGAUCUCACCAGUAAUGUUCAGGCUGGGUUGCUGUUUGGGAUCCCUGUUGCAGGGACCAUGGCUCAUUCAUAUGUCACAUCCUUUACUUCUAUGGAGGAGGUCUGGCCACAAACUCUUGUUGACGUGAACAGAGACCAUGAACCAGUCGACUUCAUUUCUCUGGCCAAGGGAUGGCUCGGUCGGGUGUGUGACCUUUUAGGGGUGGAGCCUGAGAGGAUCCAUGAGGGAGAGUUGGCUGCCUUCCUGUCAUAUGCCAUUGCCUACCCCCAAAACUUCCUUCCAGUGAUUGACAGCUACAGUGUUACCUGCAGUGGCCUGUUGAACUUUUGUGCUGUGGCCUUGGCGCUGUGUGAAUUGGGCUAUCGGCCGGUGGGAGUUCGCUUAGACAGUGGGGACCUCUGCAAGCAGUCAGUGGAUGUGCGGUGUGCCCUAAGACUCUGUAGCAAGCAUUUCUCUACCUCUGCCUUUGAUUCACUCAUCAUUGUUGGGACCAAUAACAUCUCAGAACAAACCAUGGUGGAACUCAAUAAGAAGGAGAAUGAGAUCGACGUGGUUGGUGUUGGAACACAUCUUGUCACCUGCACUAAACAACCAUCACUGGGUUGUGUGUACAAGCUUGUGGAGGUGAGGGGAAAGCCCAGGAUGAAGAUCAGUGAGGAUCCAGAGAAGAGCACCGUCCCAGGAAGGAAAUCUGUUUACAGGCUAAUAGAUGCUGAGGGACAUCCCUUCCUAGACCUAGUGUGUCUGGCACUGGAGUCUCCACCGGAGGCAGGACGUCAUCUAAGAUGCCAUCCUCUGGUUGGUGAUGGCACUCCUCUCUCUGUCACUCCAGUUCAGGUCAUUUGUCUACACCAGGAAGUGUUUACCCAAGGUCAGGUCACACACCCUUUGAGCAGUGCUGCAGAAACUAAAGCCAAUGUCCAGGGCUCGCUCCAGAGCUUUCACCCUCGACAUAAACGACUGGAAGAGCCUGACUCUUACACAGUGGCACUGUCAGAAAAACAAUACAACUUGGUUACAGAGCUAAGACGACGCAGUUCAAAGAAGACCAACUUUAUCUUAGCUAAUUAA